GGUGGGUAGGUGGGGGGGGGGGGGGUAUACCAGGUAUACCAGGUAUACCAGGUAUAACUAUAGGUGGGUAUACCUGGUGGCUGGUAUACCCACCUCAAAGCAUGGGAUAAAAAUCAUUUCACAUGAGGGCAUGUUUUUACUCACUAAAAGCCUGGAAAUGUUUGAGUAAGAUAAAAGAAUACUGGAGGCAUCCCAUCCAAGUGAUGUGCAGCUAGCUUCAGCCGCAGCAGUCAAGCAUGGUCCUCUUCACCAGGACUUGGCCCAGUCUUGCUCCCAGCGUCUCAUGGACUCUUCCAACUUAGCCCCGCCUGUGGCUGGGUCGGAGCCGGAAUGGGAUGCUUUGGAUGAUAGCGAGGCGGCCGCUGCAGACUGGUGCAGCUCGCCCGGUCCAAAACAGGACGAUGACGAAUCGUGUCCCGCACACUGGGACAAUGGUGGGGGCUUCCCUGCUGCUGAACCUCAGUCCGAUACCACAUGCCCACCAACUACAGAGCACGUCUCUGUCGGUGACUGCCCGGCGGCCGUCGAGCCCGAUUCCGCUCUGCAGCUGGAGGUAGCCAGUGGCCGCCUGGGCUACGUGUGGAGUGCUGCUGCCGCCCGCCAGCUGCGCCAGCUGGGAGUCACCGGUCAGCCGGCGGGCAGCGUGGCGCGCGCCCCGCGCCAGCCGGCCCAGCUGGGUCUGCCGCUGACCCUGCUGCCAGAGGAGAUGGACCUCCUGCAUCGGCAAGGGCUCGCUGAGCUGGUGCAGUACCCGGAGUUGCUGCGUCCGCGGUCCGCCGACCAGCGCCGCGCGCUGGCCCAGCGAGAGGCAGCCAGUGCGGCCGCCCAGCAGCGCCUCAUGACGCUCACGCGGCACAAGCAGCUGCUGGAACGCGCCGACCAGAUCGUCGAGGGCAAGUGGCGCAAGCUGGAGCGUCUGCGGGCGGCCGGGAAGCCGGCGCCGGACGUCAGCCGCGAGCAGCUGAGGUUCGAGUUCAUCGAGCAGCUGCGCGCCGACGUGCGGCCGCCGCCGGUCGGCCAGUGCCACCAGCAGCUGUACUGCGGCCACCCGCUGACGCUGCGGCCCGAGCGGGUGCCGCCGCCGCCGCCGCCGACGGCCGACCCUGCCGCGCGCACACGCCGAGCGGUCUACGCCGACCUGUGGCGGCGCGGGUACUGGCUCACAGACGGACUCAAGUUCGGCGGCCACUUCCUGGCGUACGAGGGCGACCCGCUGGUUUAUCACGCAGCGUUUGUGGUGCGAUGUGUCCAGCGGCGGCCUCACGUGCGUGAUCUGGCGGGCAUGCAGCGGCUGGCGCACGGCUGCUCGAAGACGCUGCUGAUCUCCUGGGUGGAUGAUGGGGAAGUGCGUCACGAGGCUAUCAGCCGACGACGCCGGCCGCUCAGGGAGGUGAUGUCAAGUAGGGCCGGUACCGGCGGCAGCGAGCCUCCUCAGGACCCAUGGUGGCUAGAGGUGGACGGCAGUCGGGAGUCAAAACUGGACGGCUGUGAACAAAGUGACGCGUCAAACUCUGCUACUGUGAGCCGGGAUGAAACUGAGAUCACGUGAGAGAAUGGUGUCACGGUAGAUUGAGUGGUGUCACGAUUUGUUUUUAUGCUGAUGUGUUUCUGUGGGGAGUGGCAAUAAUACCAAAGGCAAAAGUACCGCAAGUUAGUUGGGUCCACCCAGUUCCAUGGUUCACCGUUCUAAUCGAUCAGAGUAGCGGGGUACGGCGGUGAAAUCGGGAACCUGUGCGAAGGAGUGAGCAUCUGUAAACGGGUGGUAGAAAAAUGAACACCUUGCUAAAG